UUACUGCAGCAAGGAGGUGUACAAUAAGGAGAAUCUUUUCAACAGCCUGAAUUACGAUGUUGCAGCCAAGAAGAGAAAGAAGGACAUACUGAAUAGCAAAACCAAAACUCAAUAUUUCCACCAAGAAAAGUGGAUCUAUGUUCACAAAGGAAGCACUAAAGAGCGCCAUGGUUAUUGCACAUUGGGGGAAGCUUUCAACAGACUGGACUUCUCCACUGCCAUUCUGGAUUCCAGAAGAUUCAACUAUGUAGUUCGGCUGUUGGAACUGAUAGCAAAGUCACAGCUCACAUCCCUGAGUGGCAUCGCCCAAAAGAACUUCAUGAACAUUUUGGAAAAAGUGGUACUGAAAGUCCUUGAAGACCAGCAAAACAUUAGACUGAUCAGAGAACUGCUCCAGACCCUCUACACGUCCUUAUGUACACUGGUCCAGAGAGUCGGCAAGUCGGUGCUGGUGGGGAACAUUAACAUGUGGGUGUACCGCAUGGAGACCAUCCUGCACUGGCAGCAGCAGCUGAACAAUAUCCAGAUCACCAGGCCUGCCUUCAAAGGCCUCACAUUCACCGACCUGCCCCUGUGCUUACAACUGAACAUCAUGCAGAGACUGAGUGACGGGCGUGACCUGGUCAGCUUGGGCCAGGUGGCCCCUGACCUGCAUGUGCUGAGUGAGGACCGGCUGCUGUGGAAGAAUCUCUGCCAGUACCACUUCUCCGAGCGGCAGAUCCGCAAGCGAUUAAUUUUGUCAGACAAAGGGCAGCUGGAUUGGAAGAAGAUGUAUUUUAAGCUUAUCCGAUGUUACCCAAGGAAAGAGCAAUAUGGAGACACCCUCCAGCUUUGCAAACAUUGUCACAUUCUCUCCUGGAAGGGCACUGACCACCCAUGCACAGCCAACAACCCAGAGAGCUGCUCUGUUUCACUUUCACCCCAGGACUUUAUCAACUUGUUCAAGUUCUGA